AUGGGUGCUAGAGCAGCUUCCUGUCCUCAGUAUGAGCAGCUGCACCUCACCUCCUCACCACAGUCUCGCUCUCCCUGUAGCCCGUGUCUUUCCUGGAAGCGGAUCCUGGGCGUGCUUUUCCUGGCAGUCGUUUUUCUGGUUCUAACCCUGCUCUUUGGGGCCACAGGGAGUCUUAUACCGAAGGCGAGCACGCGUCUGCCCAGGUUUAACUCGUCCCAUCUGACCCCUGCCGGGCUGCAGAACAGAUCUCUGGGCCUUGGCACUGGCACUACCGCUGGGGGCAGUGCACACUUUACCCUGGAAGGGCACAAGUUCCUGAUCUUUGGAGGCUCCAUCCACUACUUCCGGGUGCCCAGGGAGUACUGGAGGGACCGCCUGCUGAAGCUGAAGGCCUGCGGCUUCAACACUGUCGCCACCUACAUUCCAUGGAACCUCCAUGAGCCAGAAAGAGGCAAAUUCGACUUUUCUGGGAACCUGGACCUCGAGGCUUUUGUCCUGCUGGCUGCAGAGGUUGGGCUGUGGGUGAUUCUGCGUCCAGGCCCGUACAUCUGUGCUGAGAUCGACCUCGGAGGCUUGCCCAGCUGGCUCCUGCAGAACCCCAAGACCCAACUGAGAACCACGGAAAAGAGCUUUGUGGGUGCUGUUGAUGCGUAUUUUGAUCACUUGAUUCCCAGAAUGGUUCCUCUCCAGUACCGCCAAGGUGGCCCUGUCAUCGCCGUGCAGGUGGAGAAUGAGUACGGGUCAUAUAACAAGGAUAAGGACUACAUGGCCUAUGUUAAGGAGGCUCUGCUGCAAAGAGGGAUUGUAGAGCUACUCUUCACCUGUGAUCAUUACGAAGAAGUUGUGAAUGGCUCGCUCAAAGGAGUAUUGGCCGCUGUCAAUCUGGGGACACUUCAGAAGAAUUCUUUUCAUCAGCUUCUUCAAGUUCAGAGUAAUAAGCCCAUUCUAAUUAUGGAAUACUGGGUUGGCUGGUUUGACAGUUGGGGAAGGCCUCACUAUUAUAUAAGUGCGAAUGAGGUUGAACAUACCGUGUACACAUUUAUCAAAAAUAGGAUGUCCUUCAAUGUCUACAUGUUUCAUGGUGGAACCAACUUUGGGUUUAUGAAUGCAGCCAGCUUUAUGGGGAAGCAUAUGGGUGUUGUGACAAGCUAUGACUAUGACGCUGUACUGACAGAGGCCGGAGAUUACACAGAAAAGUAUUUCAAACUUCAAAAACUCCUUGGAUCUGUUUCAGCAAUUCCGCUUCCCCCCUUACCUGAGCUCACUCCCAAGACUGUGUAUCCUUCUGUGAGACCAUCACUCUACUUGCCACUGUGGGAUGUCCUACAGUACUUAAGUGAGCCUAUCAAGUCACAUAUUCCAGUCAACAUGGAGAAUCUUCCAGUGAACAAUGGCAGUGGUCAGUCCUUUGGAUUCAUUCUCUAUGAGACUGUCAUCUGUUCUGGAGGCAAGCUCUAUGGUCAUGUUUAUGAUAAAACACAGGUUUUUUUGAAUGAGACACAGAUAGGAUCGCUGGAUGAGGAUGUAUGGACCCUGAAAAUUCCUGUAUUCAGGGGUUGUGGACUUCUUAGGAUCCUGGUGGAGAAUGAAGGACGAAUCAGUUUUUCAUGGAAAAUUCAAAAUGAACAGAAAGGAUUAGUGGGCUCUGUCAGCAUCAAUAAUGUUACUUUGGAGGGCUUCACCAUCUAUCCUCUGGAGAUGAAGAUGAGCUUCUUUGAGAGACUCCGCUCUGCCACCUGGAAGCCUGCCCCAAAGGAGUAUAUGGGGCCUGCCUUCUACCUGGGCACCUUGAAGGCUGGCUCUUCUCCUAGGGACACCUUCCUCAGCCUGCCGACCUGGUAUCGUGGGUUCGUGUUCAUCAAUGGACGCAACCUUGGGCGGUACUGGACGAUUGGGCCUCAGCAGACCCUUUACCUUCCUGGUGUCUGGCUCCAUCCUGGAGACAAUGAGAUCAUCCUGUUUGAGACAGUGAUGAGUGGAUCAUACAUCAAAUCAACAGACAAGCCAGUCCUGCAAACCUAG